UCCCAGGAACACCUGCGGACAUAAAUAGGCAGCGAGCGAAGGCAGCCCAGCACAGUCCGCACAGCGGCCCCACACACUGUGCCCACCUGCUCCAGGAUGCCGGACACCAUGCUACCCGCCUGCUUCCUGGGCCUGCUGGCCUUCACCUCCGCCUGCUACUUCCAGAACUGCCCGAGGGGUGGCAAGAGGGCCAUGUCUGACCUGGAGCUGAGACAGUGCCUCCCCUGCGGCCCCGAGGGCAAAGGGCGCUGCUUCGGGCCCAGCAUCUGCUGCGGCGACGAGCUGGGCUGCUUCGUGGGCACGGCCGAGGCGCUGCGCUGCCAGGAGGAGAACUACCUGCCGUCGCCCUGCCAGUCGGGCCACAAGCCGUGCGGGAGCGGGGGCCGCUGCGCCGCCGCGGGCAUCUGCUGCAACGACGAGAGCUGCGUGACCGAGCCCGAGUGCCGGGAGGGCGCUGGUUUUCACCGCCGCGCGCGCGCCAGCGACCGGAGCAACGGGACCCAGCUGGACGGGUCGACCGGCGCCCUGCUGCUGAGGCUGGUGCAGCUGGCGGGGGCGCCCGAGCCCGCGGAGCCCGCCGCACCCGGCGUCUACUGAGCCGCCCGCUCCCCCCUCCCGCCCCCGCAGUCCAGAAAAUAAACCUUUUA